AUGACGGAAAACAUCGGUAUCAAGAUACUCCAGUGGACGCCUCAGCUCCAGUGGACGGCCCAGCCCCUGAGGACGGCCCAGCCACAGAGGACGGCCCAGCCACAGAGGACGCCCCAGAGGACGGCCCAGCCCCUGAGGACGCCCCAGAGGACGGCCCAGCACCAGAGGACGGCCCAGCACCAGAGGACGGCCCAGCCCCUGAGGACGCCCCAGAGGACGGCCCAGCACCAGAGGACGCCCCAGAGGACGGCCCAGCCCCUGAGGACGCCCCAGAGGACGGCCCAGCACCAGAGGACGGCCCAGCCCCUGAGAACGCCUCAGAGGACGGCCCAGCACCAGAGGACGGCCCAGCCCCUGAGGACGCCCCAGAGGACGGCCCAGCACCAGAGGACGCCCCAGAGGACGGCCCAGCACCAGAGGACGCCCCACUCUGCAUCGAGGAGUGACAACAGAAGUGAGGCUGGCACCAGACCUUCAAAGAGCGCCUACCCCAUGUCAACCACAAAAUUUCAAAGGAAGGUGUUUUCGAUGUUGUUUGAUUUAAAAGAUCAACUUCAGCAAGUAGUCGCCAUUCUGGACCCUGGCAGGUCUACAACGACUCUUAAGAAAAUGGAUUCUGAGAGUGACCUAAAACUCUUUGAAGAAAAUAUUAAAGAUGUUGAUAACAAUUUUAUCUACGUCCAGCAACUGUCCAGAAUUGGUGUAUCUUCCGUCAGAGACUGUGUUAACAAAGUUAUGAACAGAAUGAUGUCAAACGCUUUAAUGGCGAAAUUUAAUAUGAGGGGUGGUGGCCAGCUUGAGAAGAAGCCUUUUAAAGCCACACCUUUAUAUCAUGUAAUUCAAGAUGUCCAGCAGGAGGCGCAGAUUUCCGUGGCCGGCCGACAGGAACACAGAUUCGCCUCGUUGCUGCACCGGUCCCCACUAAUCCAGAUGUCAGCAGAGGCGGGGAUUUCCGUGGCGGCACACGUCUCUUCCCCGGACAGGAACACAGCUUACGCCUCGUUGCUGCUGCUGUCCCCGGUCAUGUUUCCGUCGUCCACAGUCCGAGUCCUCCCAGACUCCCUUUAA